AUGCUAAGGUCGUUUACACACUCACACGCGAGCUUGUUAAACUCUACAUUAUCAUUCAGUAGAAGGACCAUCAUCUUUCGGGCCGGAUAUACAACAGGGAUCAACAAAGACAACGUGAAGAAUGAGCUCGAAUCGCCGGAAGAGCUUGCUCGUAAGUCUCAACUAACUUCCCAACCAAUAGACUACUCAAAUAACGCCCCUGUGAACCCUAAGAAGAAAAGGCCCCUAUUGUCAGAUUCUAAAUAUGAAUCCCAAGCUUAUCAACUUCCAAAAUGGAAAGAAGCUCUAGGUGAGAUGGUCAUCCGUAUUUUCAAUUUGGACAUGGACAAGGUGAGAGCGGGUCCUAUUGCAGGCUCUUACUAUUAUGCAUUGUGUAAAGAACAGGGUUUACAGUUUGAGAACGAACCUCUUUCCGAAACUGCUAAGUUCUUCUACGAAGAUCUUAAAUUACCACGUACUUUUUCACAGUGGUUUCAAAUAACGGUUCUGCAUGAAUGGAUUCUUUUUGUGCGCAUGCGCGCAAUGCCAUUCAAAUAUGGAAAGAAUUACCAGCAGAAGUUAGUUGACCGGACGUUUUCAGAUAUCGAGCUUAGACUUUUCGAGGAAAUGAACGUGAAUUCUGGUAGAAUUGCUGACCAAUACUUGAAAGACUUUAAUUCUCAACUAAGAGGUGCAGUUUUUGCGUAUGAUGAGGGUUUUUACACUGAUGAUGCUACUCUAGCUGGAGCCAUUUGGCGGAACCUUUUUGGUGGUAGGAAAAACAUUGAUGUGGUUCAUUUAGAAGCAAUGGUAAGAUAUGUGCGCUCGCAGCUAUAUGUAUUGAGCAAACUUUCAGAUAGGGAGUUUGCCCUAGGAAAGUUUAAAUUCGUUCCUCCCGAUGAAGUUGUUUACAAGCUUUCUCCAUCACAGGAAGCUGUUAUGAAAAAGGCAGUGAUCGAGAAAUACGAAGCUAUGGAUAGAAAUCCUGAUAUUCUUCCAAGCGAGAAAAGUAAACUAUCGUAUAAGAACUAG